GAGGGAAAAAGAGCGAGAAGAUUACAGUAUUUUCCCAUGGUCUGAGAAAGUACUUUGUGCUAAUCCAAAACUGCGCUAAUUGAUAGUUUUCCACAUAGCAAUUGCAACUCGUGAAUGUUUCCUGAGUUGUUCCACUGAAUGGAUUUACAUUUAAAUGUUGUUGUUUUUCACUUGUUGAUUUCGAGAAAUGUAUUCUGGAGUCAAGUAACACGAUAACUCAACCACAAGAAAACAACAAGGCGGAUUACAUCUUUCCAAAGAAUGAAAUGAUCCAUAGGUGCUAUUGUUGAGCAUUGUUUCAACAGCUUGAUCUGGGAUCUUCCCAUUGAAUGGAUUGAAGCAGAAGGAAUUGUGGGAUUUCCAUCUCCAUUCAAGAUCACUUGGAACAUAUAUACAAGACAAACUCUUCGCAGGGGCUAUACAGCACUGUGGCUCCGUCUCAUUUGUGCUCAGACUUAUCAACUAGGGCUUUGGCUGCAGUGUACACAGGAUGCCUCAAAAAGAAUACUAUAACCGGGCCACGUGGGAAUCUGGCGUCGCGUCCAUGAUGCAAAACAAGGUGUAUGACUAUAACGAAGGUCACAGCGGAGUGAAUCAGCUUGGCGGAGUGUUCGUCAACGGCAGACCCCUGCCCGACACCACCAGACAGAAAAUAGUCGAGCUUGCUCACAGUGGCGCGCGGCCGUGCGAUAUAUCCAGGAUUCUGCAGACCCAUGGUGAUGCAAAAGUUCAAGUGCUGGACAAUGAAAACGUGUCAAACGGCUGUGUGAGUAAGAUUCUGGGCAGAUACUAUGAAACCGGCUCCAUCAGACCAAGGGCGAUCGGGGGUAGCAAACCAAGAGUAGCAACUCCCGAGGUGGUCGGAAAAAUCGCAGUAUACAAGAGGGAGUGCCCGUCAAUCUUCGCGUGGGAAAUUCGUGACAGACUGCUAUCCGAGGGGGUCUGCACAAACGAUAAUAUACCCAGUGUAAGUUCAUUGAGUGUGUCGUCGAUAAACAGAGUACUGCGCAACCUGGCUAGCGAGAAGCAACAGAUGGGCGCAGAUGGCAUGUAUGAGAAGUUGAGAAUGCUGAACGGUCAGACUGGGACGUGGGGGACCCGCCCGGGCUGGUACCCCGGAACCUCAGUGCCAGGACAGCCCAACCCAGAUGGUUGUCCACAGUCAGACGGUGGAGGUGAGAACACUAACUCAAUAAGUUCGAAUGGAGAAGACUCGGAUGAGACCCAAAUGAGACUUCAGCUCAAAAGAAAAUUGCAGAGGAACCGCACUUCGUUUACACAAGAACAGAUAGAAGCGCUUGAGAAAGAGUUUGAAAGAACUCACUAUCCAGAUGUUUUCGCAAGGGAAAGACUUGCUGCAAAAAUUGACCUCCCAGAGGCCAGAAUACAGGUGUGGUUUUCAAAUAGAAGGGCAAAGUGGAGGAGGGAGGAGAAACUACGGAAUCAAAGACGACAAGCCAGUAACUCUUCCAGUCACAUCCCUAUCAGCAGCAGUUUCAGCACCAGUGUCUACCAGCCCAUCCCACAGACCACAGCACCAGGUUGGAUGUCGUUCUCAUCAGGAUCCAUGUUGGGAAGACCAGACACAGCCCUUACAAACACAUACAGUGCCCUGCCACCUAUGCCAAGCUUCACCAUGGCCAACAACCUGCCUAUGCAAGCCCCUGUGUCCAGCCAGACCUCCUAUUCCUGCAUGCUGCCCACCAGUCCCUCAGUCAACGGACGGAGCUACGACACAUACACCCCUCCUCAUAUGCAGGCACAUAUGAACAGCCAAUCAAUGGCUGGUUCAGGAGGCAACUCAACAGGUCUCAUCUCUCCUGGAGUAUCUGUUCCUGUUCAAGUCCCAGGCAGUGAUGCAGACAUGUCCCAGUACUGGCCCAGGCUACAGUAAAGACUUUCAACGUGUGACUCCUUGGAUAUUGUCUGUCCGGCAGUAUUUUAUUACAGACCUGAGAAAAUACUCUAAAAGAGACUAUUUUGUACUGGGAUUGGGCCAUUCUCUAUCAUCCUUUGGCCACAAAGACUUGAAGAAGAAAAAAAGAGAAAGGACUUCUGUAAAGUGCCCGGUGUAACAUCGUAAAUGGGGGGAAAAAACUAGCUGUUUUCAUCAGUUUCCAACUUAUGUCAUUUUUGGUGUAUUUGUAUAUGGCCAGUUGUAUGUCAUGAUGAAAAAAUAACAACGUGGAUGGACAGUGAAACUGAGUUGGUCCUUGCUUCUGCUGAAAAGAAGAUCAUUUGUGAAGAAUUUUCUUCCAUGAAUAAUUUUUAUCAAUGUAUAUCAAGAAGCUCUCCCAGUCUGUGUGCAGAAUGUGGACUCUGGUGAAACAAGUUUGUAUCAUUCCAGGUACCAGUUGGGUAUGAGACACCUGUUUCUCUAUUCUUUUCUUUUCAAAAGCUUGCUGGCAGAAACAUUGUAAAUGGAAAGCAUUAAACGCUGAAAUGGAGUUUUGGUAGCUAAAAACGGUAGAUUGUGUCUUCGAUAUAAUUCAGUUUGUUAUGUCGAAAUGUAAGUAUUUGUCUUCCCUAGCAGUCUCCCGGAACAAUUUCUAUAAUAAAGUUAAUUUCAUUUAUA